GGGGCUGGGACUGGAGGCAAAGGUUAGAAACUCAGCCUAAGCUCUGUAGCAGUACUUUGAGGCACAGGAGGCCCAGUCUGUUGUGUCGGAGUUCCCCCGUUUUGGACGUUGGUGGCACCAACUGGCUGAUCCUGUGGAUGUGCAGAAACUCCUGAACUCUGCCAUGUGCUUUCCUGGAACCCCCAAUAUGCCUGCACACUGCUUUGCUCUUUUGCUGCGAACCGUCCCCAUGAGCCCAGUGUUGCUCCGAGGCUGUCUUUGCGGUCCCAGCUCUGUAAGGCUCUGGACGCCCAGUCCCAGAGCCAUAGACCACAUGUCCAGAGCACUCAGGGGUUCCGUUUUCACUUCUCUUCUUGGGGCAUCUCAGAGCCUGCGCACCCCUCUUUUGCCUACUGGGAGAGUCUUGGGUUCUAGAUUUGGCACUGCCAUUCCCCAGGUGUCUCCCUACCUCCUAGAGCCUCAGCUUGACCUCUAUAAAAUAGGGUGAUUUAAGGAUUCUCCCAGUCCCCGGUCCUGAGGUCCUUUACUCUGGACUCUUCUAGCUGGGUUCCAGGACUUGGGGGAAGAAGCCAAGAGUGUAGCAAUUCCAGAGGCUCCCUGGAGAAGGAGUUGAUGGUUGAGGAGGAUAAAGUUAGGUGGCAGUAAGUUCUAGCCACACCUAUUUUAAGUACAGUCAGUUGAGUCUCAGUCACCUAGCCAAACUUUUUGUUCCCUGCAUUUCUUCCUGUAAAUGUCCUCAAGCUUAACCCAGAAGACAGCGGGGCAUUCUGGGUACGGAGGGUAAAAGUUUGGGAGGUGACCUGGGGAACUGCCACCGUGCAUCUGCCUUUGGUGCUUACUCCCGCAGGGAGUGCUCGGUGCCCCCUCCCUAUGCCACCCCCUCCAUGAUGCCCCUGUCCCGCUGGCUGAGAUCUGUGGGGGUCUUCUUGCUGCCGGCCCCCUGCUGGGCGCCCCGGGAGAGGUGGCUGGGUCCCCUACAGCGGCCCUCCCUGGUGCAUGGGUGCCCAGUCCUGGCGGCCUGGCACAUUACCCGCUGCUGGUGCCAAGCGUGGACAGAGGAGCCUCGAGCAUUUUACUCCUCCCUCAGAAUGAAUGGAGAUCAGAAAUUGGACGUUUAUGCCCAAGAAAGACAGAAUUUCAUCCAGCACUUCUCCCAGAUUGUCAAGGUGCUCACUGAGGAGGAUAUCAGGCACCCAGAGAUAGGAGAUGCUGUUGCCCGCUUGAAGGAGGUCCUGGAGUACAACGCCAUUGGAGGCAAGUACCAGCGGGGUUUGACGGUGCUAAUAGUGUUCCGGGAGCUGGUGGAGCCGAGGAAGCAGGAUGCUGAUAGUCUCCAGCGGGCCCUGACCGUGGGCUGGUGUGUGGAACUGAAGUCAUAUAAAGUCCGAUUGCAUGAAGAAAUCUUAAAGUCUUCAAUGAAGUUCCUGGCAAAAGAAGAGUGCAGUCUCCAAGCCUUCUUUCUGGUGUCAGAUGACAUCAUGGAUUCAUCCCUCACCCGGCGGGGGCAGAUCUGCUGGUAUCAGAAGCCAGGCAUAGGUUUGGAUGCCAUCAAUGAUGCUUUUCUCCUGGAAGCAAGUAUCUACCGCCUGUUGAAGCUCUACUGCCGGGAGCAGCCCUAUUACCUGAACCUGAUCGAGCUCUUCCUGCAGAGUUCCUAUCAGACUGAGAUCGGACAGACCUUGGACCUCAUCACAGGCACCCAGGGCAAUGUGGAUCUUGGCAGAUUCACUGAGAAAAGGUACAAAUCUAUUGUCAAGUACAAGACAGCUUUCUACUCCUUUUACCUUCCUGUGGCUGCUGCCAUGUAUAUGGCGGGCAUUGAUGGGGAGAAGGAGCAUGCCAAUGCCAAGAAGAUCCUGCUGGAGAUGGGGGAGUUCUUUCAGAUUCAGGAUGAUUACCUUGAUCUCUUUGGGGAUCCCAGUGUGACAGGCAAGAUUGGCACUGACAUCCAGGACAACAAGUGCAGCUGGCUGGUGGUUCAGUGUCUGCAGCGGGCCUCUCCGGAACAGCGCCAGAUCCUGCAGGAGAACUACGGGCAGAAGGAGGCUGAGAAGGUGGCCCAGGUUAAGGCACUCUAUGAGGAGAUGAAUCUGCCGGCCGUGUUCAUGCAGUACGAGGAAGAUAGUUACAGCCACCUUAUGGGUCUCAUCGAGCAGUAUGCUGCGCCUCUGCCCCCAGCCAUCUUCCUGGGGCUCGCACAAAAGAUCUACAAGCGGAAAAAGUGAUCCAGAGAUUGAAGGUGUGGAGGGGAGGCUCUCAAUAAAUUAUUGUCUAACA